AUGCUAGGUAUAUGUAAGAACCAUCGGUGUGCCAAUAAUACAAUGUGUAAGGCAGGGAAUUCUGACUAUUACUGUGAACCAAUAGGAUGUAAUGGAUUACCACCAGUAGAAAAUAUCAAUGUAACAUCGUUUACAAGUCAAGUUUUAUGGGGUUUUGGUGAUAUGUUGAACUAUAUUUGUAUGCAAACAUUCUAUACUGAUACUAAUGUAACAUGCUUAUCAUCGGGAAACUGGAGUGAAUUUAGCUGUAAUAAUAUACAAUGGUGUUCGCACACUAGAGUAUGUUCCGUGUCAGAAACUACAGAAUUCUGGCUUCGGCGACGAGAAUCAACGGAAUAUCAAAAAAUUUACUGUUCUGAUACUGCCGGGCCAGCCGUUACACUUCUACAUAACAAUAUGGCCUCCACACCGGCCUACAUCAGAGACCCCAAUUCUUGUGCUUUAAUUCCAGCAUCUGAUCCUUCAGCACUUGGAAUGGGUUACACAGAUUUUGAAAAGAUUCGAAUUAAAUUGUAUCGCAAUUCGGCUUUAUAUGAGAAUGAUUACACCAAUUCGACAUACGAAUUCCAAAAUUUUGGACGAGCUGGAGAUUGCUAUGCUGGAAAUGAUAGCAGUGUUUGUGGGGUGAUCGGACGAUUUAUCAUCAAUACCCGCGGUACGGGACUAAGAGUCAAAUCAACAGUUCAGUGGAAAACGUGGGGUAACAAUGGGGUCAUGAAUAUAACACGAUCUGAAGAUGGUCACGUGAUUGAAGGGUACUGUGGGGGAAAUUGUGGGGGUUGUGAACCUGAUGGAGUGAUUCUGUUUGAGGUAGACCAUAACGAUGCACCCCCAAUUGAGUCAGCAGUUUGGCCGAUAUGUAAAUUUCCACUGUAG